AGCUGACAUCAGCUCACCAGCACUUGCUUUGCUCUCCAAGCUAAACUUGUUCAGAGACCUAGGAAUGGGCCGGAUUGGAGCAACAUUAUGCAUUUCUGCACUUAUAUGCUUUGUUCAUGCUGCAGUUAUCCCAACUGAUAUCGCGAAGGAAGAGAAGGCAGAAGCAAAGGACUACUUGGUGAAAUUUGGUUAUUUGCAUAAACCUCUUGAGAACAUUACAGAUGAGUUCCAGGAACAUGAGAUAGAGGAUGCCAUCAGGGUUUUCCAAGUGGCCUCCCAUUUGCCUGUAACUGGAGUUUUAGAUGAAGCCACAAUAACAAUGAUGAAGCAACCCAGAUGUGGAGUUGAAGACUCCUUUAACAAGAAAUCUCUGAAAUAUCUUCUGUUAGGUCAUUGGAGGAAGAGGAAGCUGACCUAUAUCAUCAAUAAUUUCACCCCAGAUAUGUCAGUGAGUGAUGUCCGAACAGCUAUCAGCACAGCCUUCCAGUACUGGAGCAAUGUUAGCAGUCUCACAUUCCGGGAGGUUCCUUCAGGUUCUGCAGAUAUACGCAUCUCUUUUAAAAGGAAGUAUCACAACUGCGGACAGCCUUUUGAUGGGCCAGGUAAGAUCCUGGCUCAUGCCGAUAUUCCAGAAGAAGGGACAAUCCAUUUUGAUGAAGAUGAACAGUGGACAGAGAACACAUACUCAGGUGCCAAUCUGCGCAUCGUUGCUGCCCAUGAGAUUGGACAUGCCUUGGGACUUGGUCACUCCCGCUACACAGGUGCCCUUAUGGCCCCUUUCUACAAAGGAUACACUAAAAGGUUCCAGCUCCAUUACGAUGACAUCAAGGGAAUCCAAGCACUAUAUGGUAAGGGAAUAACCUACACUGAACCUGAGUUCAGCACAACAAGCACACCACCCACAGGAAAGAUCCCUGAUCCGUGCACUGCUGACUUGGAUGCUAUCAUCUUGGGUCCCUACGGAAAGACAUAUGCCUUUCAAGGGGAUUAUGUUUGGCUGGUGACAGACUAUGGAGUGACUAUUCCUGUGCCAGUAAAGACUUUAUGGAAAGGACUUCCUGGGAACAUCAAUGCUGCUGUCCACUCACCCCGUACAGGGAAAACCUACUUCCUGAAAGGUGAUAAAGUGUGGCGAUACACUAACUUCAGGAUGGAUCUUGGAUAUCCCAAGCAGCUGACCCGCAUUCCCCCAAACAUCGAUGCUGCUCUCUAUUGGAAUGUAAACAAGAAGAUUUUUUUCUUCAAGGGUGACAGUUACUGGCAGUGGGAUGAGUUGACCUGGACGGACCUCAGCAGGUACCCAAAGAAAACUUCAAAACUAUUCACAGGUGCACCAUCUAAACCUGAUGCUGCACUUACUUGGAAAAAUGACAAGGUUUACUUUUUUAAGGGUGAUAACUAUUGGCGACUGAACUCACAGCUUCGAGUGGAAAGUGGAUACCCUAAGAGCAAAGCCAAACAGUGGAUGCAGUGUCAGAACUAUGACUGAAAUCAGACACGUUUUAUAAUGUUUUGAUAUUUCUUAUCCCGAGUCAGUAUGUAGAGAUUACCUAAGCAACCUCAAAGCCCUGCCUGCAGACCAUGUGAACUGUGGACAGCUGGAAGAGGCCACAUAAGGCUAAGAAUGUUUUCCUUUCUAUUGUUAGGAUUCCCCAAAAAAUGAAUCAGGAAUGCUUCUAAAAAAUACUGUCUUGUACUCAUGUGUGCCAUCCAUUCCAUAUACUGCACUGUGAUUGCAGUAUGCCAGUUACAAAUCUUCUUAGAUGACGUCUGCAAUAAGCAGGGUGAAAUAUCAACAUCAGCAUAAAAUGACACUGUCGAAAACUUUCCAGUGGUUGGUACUCCUAGCUCAGAAUUUUCUUGAAUAUGCAGCCUCUUGCCAGUACAAGUUAUAGCACCAUUCCUGCUACAUGACCUUUCAAAAUUAAAUUAGCUUUGCUUUUUUUAAAGCAAUCCUGUAGCUCCACUGCCUGUGGUAUCAUGUGGAGAAGUUUAUAAACGGAUGUAUGUUGACUCACUAAACUCCCCCAUUGUCUGCAUAGACAUACUCUGAUCAUAUGAUGGUCAGCACUGCUGCACAUAAAAUCCAUGCACGUACAUACUAUUGUAAUCAGUAAAUUGAGUUACGAGUGUAUUUAGAAGAACUGUAACAGAUGCAGGCAUUGGUUAAUUUGUAAUGAUUAUUCAUAUGUUGUAUUUUGUAUUAUUACUGUUGUGUAAUACAUUGUUUAUUGAUGGAGUGUUUCUUCCCAGGUCCAUACUGUGAAUGGGCUGUGCCCAGUCAGAUUACCCUGGAACUCAGCUUGUUAUGAAUAAAUAAAAUAAUAUUUUUUCUCACUGUUGAA